AUGAUCCCCGCACUGCUCGUGCUGGGCCUCACAGCCCUUGUUGCUCCAUCGAUGGGCUAUAGUUGCUAUGGUGAUAUAAGUGCUCUUCAAGCCCCCACGAUCUCCUGUACAGCAGUAAGAGCUCCAGACUGUGCCGCAGGACUCGCCAUGGUUCGGAGGACUGCUGAGGCAGAUGUCAUACGCCUGAGGAAGUACGAGGUGCCGAUCAGGAGGGUAGCCAGGAACCUGUGCCUGGACCCCGCGCUGAUCGCAGCCAUCAUCUCGCAGGAGAGCCGGGCCGGGCUGCUCCUGCACAACGGCUGGGACCACUAUGGGCGCAAGUACGGCUUGAUGCAGCUUGGCCGGCACCAACAGCCUUUUGGAGUGUGGGACAGUGAAGAACACAUCAAUCAGUGCUCAACUAUCCUGGUGCGUGCAAUUAAUGAAGUACGGGCAAGUCACCCUACCUGGACCUGGGACCGGCAGCUGAGAGGGGGAAUCUGCACCUACCAUGCAAAAAUGGGCAACCACCUGGUCUACGAGGAAGACCCAUGUGACAGAGACAACUACUACGUCAACAGUGUAAUUAGGCGAGCCCAGUACUUUAAGAGACAUGGGUUCUAG